AUGGGGGGUGAAAAAAUAAAUUUAGACAAUGGCAAUGAUACGACAGAAAAAUUAAACCAGGCACCCGAAGAAGAUCACAUAAUAAUAGACAAAGUAUUAUUCCAUUUGGGUCACAUGGGUCUUUACCAGAAGCUGCUGUUUAUUGGAAUGUUCCCUUUUGGUUGUUACAUGACGUUCGUUUACCUCGUGCAAAUAUUUAUAACUGUCACACCCAACAACCAUUGGUGUAGAAUACCUGAAUUGGCUAAUUUAAGUAUGGAGUUGAGACGAAACCUGUCAGCUCCAAUCACUGCCUCGGGUGAUUUUGAUCGCUGCAUGACAUUCGAUGCCAAUUGGACACAAGUAUUGCAAACGUUGCAGCCUCCACCGCCAGAUUCACCCUUGGUACCGUGCCGGAAUGGCUGGGAGUUUGAGUUGAGCGAUAUACCAUAUCAUACGGUCUCUACAGAGAGAGAAUGGGUAUGUGACAGAGCAAGCUACGUGCCCCUCGCCCAGUCACUAUAUUUCGUUGGAUCUGUGGUGGGAGGGUUAUUAUUUGGAUGGAUGGCUGACAGAUUUGGCAGAGUGCCUGCCUUAGUAGGAAGUAACUUGAUUGGUGGUAUUGGUGGCGUUGCGACUAUUUUUACAACCGGCUUAGCUGAUUUUAUAUUUUGUAGGUUUCUAGUUGGAAUGGCGUACGAUAAUUGCUUUAUGAUUAUGUAUAUUUUAGUUCUCGAAUAUGUGGAUCCUGAAGACCGCACUAUGGUAGCCAGUUUAAGUCUGGCAUUGUUCUAUGGAACUUCUGUCACACUGCUUCCCUGGAUUGCCUAUUUCAUUGCAGACUGGAGAAUUUUGCUAUGGGUUACUUCACUGCCUUUGUUUUUAGUAUUAGUAGCGCCAUGGCUCAUUCCUGAGAGUACAAGAUGGCUAGUUAGUAGGGGUAAGGUGAACGACGCUAUAAAAGUUCUUAGAAGAUUUGAGAGAGUCAACAAUGUAAAAAUUCCUAAUGAGCUAAUGGCUGAAUUUAUUAUAACUUCAAACAACAAAAGACUAGAAGAAAGACAGUCUUUCCUCAAUGUAUUCAAGAGUGGUCCUUUGCGUCUUGCAACAGUCUGCUUACUGGUUGCUUAUACUGGUUGUAAUAUGGUAUUCGAUGGACUCGUGAGACUCUCUGGAUCUUUUGGUCUCGACUUCUUUCUCACGUUUAGUCUUAACUCUGGGACUGAAAUACCAGCUCUAAUUCUACUAGUUUUUAUUCUUGACAGAUGGGGUAGAAGAAAUCUCACGUGUGGAUCUCUGAUGAUGUCUGGACUCUUUUUAGUAAUUGCUAUGUUCGUACAAAAAGGUAUUGGUCAAGCGGCACUGGUUAUAUUUUCAAGAUUUUUUAUAAAUAUGGCUAUUACAACCGUCACCCAAUGGAACACAGAGAUCUUCCCAACUCCCUUCAGAGCAUCAGGGUCAGCUGUACUGCAUCUGUGUGCGUUCUUCGCCACUAUGUUGACACCUUUUAUUGUUUACUCGGAACGCGUUUGGGGCUUAUUGCCGCUGUUGAUUUUUGCUGCAAUAGUAGUAGUUACAGCAGGUGUUAGUUUGUCACUGCCAGAAACCAAAGGUCUGCAACUGCCGCAAUCAGUGGCCGAUGGCGAAAAAAUUAUUGUAGAACACUCACUGUGCGGAAAACCAGAAGAUGGAGAAGAAGGUCCAUACCAAACAGAUGUCACCAAACGUCAUUUAAAUGACAAUGUAUGA